UGCCAUACGUGCCAUACAACAACAUACGUUAAAGGCGACUACAACAACGCAUGUAUGAACAUUACUCUUAGCUCAACUUCCCCAUGGAAGAUGUCGGCCAUGUACGCCCUGGUCCUUGAUUUGGCCCUCGUGACCUCGAUGGUCGGCCACUCGUUGGCUCGAAGACCACAGAUAUCCGCGGAGGAGCUGUUCCAAAAAUCAACCUCCUUGCAGUCGGGUUCAUACGCCGCCGCCGCCACAACCGGAGAAGAGGCGUCGUCGAAUCUCAUCGACGGGGCGGGUCAGUCGGUCGCAGCUGCGGCAGCCGCGAAGUCGUCGUGCUACUUCAACCGCGACUGCCACGGGCGCGAGUACUGCGUCAAGCCCGACCGCGGCGCCCUCACGCUGGGCGUCUGCAGCCCACUCUCCGACAUGGCGCCCGCCAGUCGGGGCGCGGCCGACCACGUCCGCGACUUGCACUUCCUUGUGCGCAGCCGCCGAAGCGUCCCCGUCUCGUCGGAGCGUCGAAGCAGGAACGACCUGCUGCGGCAGCUGCUAGGAGAAGGGAGCCAGCUGGCCCGCGCUCUCAACUCGUACCUCCACGCAAAAUAUCCUGCUGAAUGGGAGAAAGCCCGGGUGGACAGAAUGGUUGGCAAGAAGUCGGACGCUGCUGCAAAGGACAUCGACAGUGCAGCAGACACUGAAGACCCAGACCUCCUGGCCAUACUAGACAAAGGAAGCAACAGGAUCGUGGAGCGGUUGGCCAGCGGUUCGUUGGAGAGCUGGAGCAACUCGAAAGACGACGGGCGAAGCGCCACAUCUGGCUCGGAAGCAGAGGACAGGAAAAACGACGUGGUCGUCGAUGUCAAGGAGAACGACAUGGCUAGCGGUCCCAAGAGGCGCCGCAUGACGCGAUCCCCAAAUUCUCUGCGUUGACAAUAAUUAGGGCAAAGUCUUCUGACACCGAGCUUCGUAUAUGUGAAUCUCCAGUACAUAUACAUCUUCAUCAUGUGUACAACACGCGGGAAUAUCGUAGGUGGCCGGAGUUUGAGCCAUAGCUACUAUUUAACGUGCGAAGUAUCUUGUUUCGACAUGCUUUCAUUUAAUGUGCACGAAUACGUGUGGUCGCUACAAGCACCUGUUGCUAAAUAUCCCUUUCUAUGUAUACCGUUGACCACUAGGGCAUGUGAUGAAGAUAAUAAUGGCCGCGGUAGUCGCAUGGUAAUAGGAGCGACGUGCAGACGUAAUCGGGCAUUUACGUUCUGGAGAUCGUCAAAAAACUUCAGCUGGUGAUAGUUAUUCCGUAGUUCCACACUCCAGACGGCUCGCCCGUUAUCCGAUACUAAUCCUUCCGUGAAGCUUCCAUUAAGUCGGCGUCACGCGGAAGGCGAUCAGACGCGGUCAAUAAGGAGCCUCUAUUUUUUUUCGCUCCUCUUUUAUGACAGAUUGAUGCUAUCCAUAGCAUUCGCAGCAAUGCAUGAAGUUGGCAUGAUGUAGAAUAUAUAGGCAUUGGCGUCACCUUCGUGAAAUCAGGAUACCAGAACGUGUAUAAUGUCUCCUUUGCAAAUGGUAGUCGCAAGCAACAACUUUUAGUAACUAAAAGGUAGGACUGUUCGAAUAUUGGUAUUUCCGAAUUGAAUACAAAUAUUCGAGAAAGAAGGACCUCCGAAUAUCAAAUCGAAUGCGGAAUAUUGUAUUUUUAAACACAGGGAAAUAUGAAGUUUCCACUGUGUCCCAGUUGUUUCCAGUUAUCCGAUGCACCAAGAAGUAAUGGGGGGGAAAGGGGCAAACAGGAGACGUAUUCUGCGACGAUCGACUCGGCGAUACUGUCGCCUUCGCAUGACGUGUGGCCAAUCAACGCGCGCCCGACGGCGAUAGCAGGAUCGCAGGAUCAAUAUCGGGUACGUCUUUUACGUUUAGAUUUUCGUGCGGACAUGCUAGGGCUUUGUUUUCAGAAAGUUUCAGCGGCGAAUCCUUUCAAUGAAAAAUACUGCACCGAACAGCAGCAAGCUUGGUAGCAAACAUGGAAGCAACUAGACCUAGCGUGUAGAGUGCACGACAGCAAAGCUUUAAGCAUGAAUAAAUUUAUAUUCUGGGAGGGUAAAAUUUGUAGGUUUGAUUCUUUUCAGGCUACAAAAAUCAGAGUCACGCUACAUUUUUAAGUACGAAGCAUUUCUUGGCGAACAUUUACUACUUUGACAGUAUCUAUCUAUCUAUCUAUCUAUCUAUCUAUCUAUCUAUCUAUCUAUCUAUCUAUCUAUCUAUCUAUCUAUCUAUCUGUCUGUCUAUCUAUCUAUCCGCCUAAAUCUUUGUGCUCUGAUGGUCGUUUCGUUAACUUGGUAUGUAGAAAAAUUGGCAUACUAUGACAAGAGUAUAUGACGAACAUAAAUUAUAUGUCCUGACAUGGAUGUCAUGACCUGCGUGACAUGUAGGUCAUGAAACAGCCGCCUAGGUCUUGGCGCUCUUAUGCUAGUUUCGUUAACUUGGUAGGUACCAAAAUUGGCAUAGUAUGACAGGAGUGUAUGAAGAACAUAAGUGAUAAGUCGUGACAGGAAUGUCAUGACAUGCGUGUCAUAUAGGUCAUGACAAUGACGCAGCGAAAAAGAUUAACAGUCCAAAACCACUGAAAUGCGUUCGGAAGGAAACACUAAAGGAUGCUGGCAGAAGUCAUAGUCAUGAGCAUAUAACUUAGCAAAAAUGACAAUAACUCAGCGAAAAAAGAUUCACACUCAAAAAUCACUGGAAUUGGUUCUGACGUGCCUACUAAGUGAAAGAAACACUAAAGGAUGAUGGUAGAAGUCAUAGUCAUGACCAUGACAUAGCAAAAAUGAC